AUGUCAUACGCUUUGAAAGGCCGUAGAGCCCUGAUUACAGGGGGCUCUAAGGGACUCGGCAAGGUGAUUGCAGAGCUGCUAGCCGCGCAAGGUGUCCAGGUAGCCAUAAACUACAUGUCAAACGGCACAGUGGCAGAUGAAGUAGCAGCGAAUCUGGCCGAACAGUAUGGUAUCCGCGCGAUUACCAUCCAGGCCGAAACUGUAAGCGGCCUCGGCGGCCUCGAUAUCGUCAUCGCCAACGCCGCAUGGACCGCCUUCAGCGACUUCGCAGAUCUCUCCGCGCUCAGCGAGGAAGAGUGGGACAAGUGCUGGGCGACGAACGUCAAGAGUAGUCUGCACAUGUUCCGCGCCGCAAAGGACACGCUCAACGCGAAUCCGGACGGGGGUGUCUAUAUUUAUACGGCCUCCAUAGCGGGUGUGUCUCCAAGUGGGAGCAGUAUGGCCUACUCUGUCACCAAGGCUGCAGGAUUGCACUUGAUGAAGUGCCUGGCUCAAACGCAGGGUCCGAAAAUCAGGGUCAACUCUGUUAUUCCGGGGCUGUUGUUGACGGAUUGGGGCCAGCGCUAUUCGCCUGAGUAUAUACAGCGGUGGCGAGACGAAACAAGUUUGCGGGAGGUGCCUGAUGUGCGCCAGUGCGCUGAGAUAUAUCUGUCAAUUGCGAGGAAUCGGUCAAUGACCGGGCAACAAAUUGAGAUUGACUGUGGGUGGUUGUUAUCCCAUUGA